AUGGGUGCCGAAGCCCCUAAGCAGCGCUGGGCAGCCCUCGCCCGCGACACCAACGAGACCAAGAUCCAGCUGGCCCUGAACCUCGACGGCGGUGCAUUCCCCCCCGACACGGACCAGCGUCUGCUCUCCAAGGACGAUAGCCAUGCCACACAGGCGAGCAAGUCUCAGACCAUCGCCGUGAACACCGGCAUUGGCUUCCUGGAUCACAUGCUGCACGCAUUGGCCAAGCACUCGGGCUGGAGUCUUGCCAUCAACUGCAAGGGCGACCUGCACAUUGACGACCACCACACGGCCGAGGACGUCUGCAUAGCCCUGGGAUACGCCUUCGGCACCGCGCUGGGCUCGGCGACGGGACUGGCACGGUUCGGGUCCGCCUACGCGCCCCUGGACGAGGCUCUGUCGCGCGCCGUCGUCGACCUGUCGAACCGGCCCUUUGCCGUCAUUGAGCUGGGCUUGAAGCGCGAGAAGAUUGGCGACCUGAGCUGCGAGAUGAUCCCCCACUGCCUGGAGAGCUUUGCGCAGGCUGCCCGCAUCACCAUCCACGUCGACUGCAUCCGCGGCUUCAACGACCACCACCGCGCCGAGAGCGCCUUCAAGGCCCUGGCCGUCGCCAUCAAGGCUGCCACGAGCAGGGUUCCGGGCAAGGAGGGAGAGGUGCCAAGCACAAAGGGCACGUUGAGUGUCUGA